UUCUUGGCUUUCUCCAGUUCUUUGUUCUUUCUGCGCAUCCGGCGUCCAGUUCAUCAUCUUCGUAAGGAGACAUCGGAGACGUAAAGGCGUAACUAAGUAACUACUUGGAAUAAGGGGUCAAUGACGAUCUCCGCAGGUUUCGAAUCUUACCGGGCGUCGCCGGUGGACAUGCGUGUCAUCACGUCGGACGGACAGAGCAUCGCCGCGCACUCCUACGUUCUUGUAAGCCAGCUCCCCGGACGUUCACGUUCCUCCUCUGUUUUCCCCGCUGAAUUUGGCCGGGAUCUUGCGUUGUUAUGGUCGAAUAGUUCGCUAAUCUUGGAAUCUGGCUGGCAAUAUCUGCAGGCCUCGUCAUCGCCGGUCCUGGAGCGGACGAUCGACGCGGCGCGGCGCGGGUGGGGCGCCGAGUGCACCAUCCGCGUCCUCGGCGUCUCCGCCGACGCCGUCCAUGCCUUCAUCCAUUUCCUCUACUGCUCCAAGGUAACGCCGGAGGAGGAGGAGGUGCUGGGCGCGCACGGGGCGCAGCUGCUGGCGCUGGCGCACGCGUACCGGGUGGGGUGGUUGAAGAGCGCGGCAGAGGCCGCCGUGUCGGCGCGGCUCACGCCGGACCGCGCCGUGGACAUGCUGAAGCUGGCCAGGCUCUGCGACGCGCCCAGGCUGUACCUGCAGUGUGCGCGGCUGGCAGCCAAGGACUUCGCCGCCGUCGAGCUCUCCGAGGGCUGGCGCUUCGCCCGCCGCCACGACGCCGCGCUGGAGCUCGAGCUCCUUAAGCUGGUGGAGGACGCCGACCAACGGGAAAAUCGGUGGGCGCGCGAGAGAGCCGCGCAGGAGGCCUGCCGGCAGCUCGGCGAGGCUAUGACCACGCUCGAGCACAUCUUCCCCGGCAGCAGUGGCGCCGCCUGCACAGACAACGCGCCGUGCGCGACGGACGGCUGCGCGUGCCGGGGCCUGCAGCUCCUGAUGCGUCACUUCUCGACGUGCGCGAAGAAGACAGCGCCGGGAGGCUGCGCGCGGUGUAAGCGCGUGCUGCAGCUCUUCCGCUUGCACGCCUCCGUCUGCGACCGGACGGACCAGACCUGCCGUGUGCCACUCUGCAGGAAUUUCAAAGGCAAAACGCAGGCCGAGAAAGCAGACAAGACAUGGCGGCUUCUCGUCAAGAAGGUUAUUAGGGCAAAGGUGAUGUCCUCCUUGGCCAAUAGGAAGGUGCCGGAGGUCGUGUCCGCGUCAUGGGCGUGGCACAAUGGAAGGGCAACCAAGUUGAGAUGAGAAAUGCCAUUUGAUCAUCACCGUGUAGUCUAGAUCUUGUCAUUACCAACAAAGUGUGUAUGCAGUGAAUUUAGGUUGUAUCGCGUAGUUCUUGUGAUACUUACCAAAUGGUACUUCAAUUUUUAAGGGAGUACCUAUUAAUUCAUCGAUUGUAACUUGCGAUGGUUAAUUAGGAUAGUCAGAGUUGAAAUUCUCUCCUUUAUAAAUAAGAAAACAUUUUGAGACAA